CACUUAUAGUGGCAACACCAUAAGGCACGCUCGGCGUUCCUGCAAAUGGUGUUCGCUUGACGGGUGAUCGCUCGCCGUCAAAAUGCAAUCGCGAUGUUUUAAACGUAAUUAAAACACUAAUUGGACAUAUUUUCACGUUAAUAAACCACCGUGAAUGAUAUAAGCGGCACUCCAGUAUUUACUUAUAAUCUAGUCUAAAAAGUUUCUAUAUUCUUUGUACUUAUAUAAUCUGUGAUACAUUUGGAUUUGUGCAAUUUAUCGGCCAAAGAUAUAUUAUGUUAAACUAAUCGGUUAUGGAAACCAAUAUGGCGUUACCUCCACAGCAGUUUUGCGUGAGGUGGAACUCCUAUCAUACUAAUUUACAGUCAGUAUUUCCUCGUCUUCUCCUCACGGAGCAGUUCGCCGAUGUGACGUUGGCCUGUGAGUCUCGGCAGUUGAGAUGUCACAAGUUGGUCCUCUCCGCCUGUUCGGCCUAUUUAGAGAGAUUGCUGCUUCAGAAUCCUUGCAAGCAUCCCAUCGUGCUUAUGAGGGAUAUGAGGUUCAGUGAAAUGCAAGCGCUAGUGGAUUUCAUGUAUAAAGGAGAAGUUAACGUAACUCAGGAGGAACUCCCCAGUCUACUGAAGUCCGCUGAAGCGCUGCAGAUCAGAGGCCUAUGUUCGAGUGACCCCGGUUCGCUCUCAGAAGUUAAGACUGAGAACAAGGACUAUUCGGUGGCGAGUGAGGCCUUGGUUGCGCACGCGCAGCGAGACAAUACUAACGGCCAACAACAGCAAAAGAUAACAACGAACGGACAGAAGAAGCGUAAAUCAGAAGAGAGGGAGAGGGGUUCCGAAGUGAAAGAGGAGACGGUAGAAGAGGAUGGACUUUACUACGGCGAGUUGGACCAGGAGCAUAUGGAGUAUCAGGAGGAAGAGGAAACUAGCAAACCCGGAAGUAGCUUAGGACAAACUUCGGGUGUGCGGACCUCCACGGAAAUUGUGACGCGACAUUUCAUCGACAUGGAUGGAAUACCUCUGAACGUGCACGCGAGGCCGAGGCUAGUCGGACGGCGACCGAACGCAAUCGUCAACAUAGAGACAGACGUAUUUCAAGAGAAAUCGUACAAGCAAUAUUCGUCUCAGCAUCUGCGAGACGCGUUGAUUGCCGUCAAAAAGGGAUAUAGCGUCUAUGCUGCUUCGAAUAAAUAUGGCGUGCCGCGGAAAACUUUACGGAACUGGAUGGAAAAGUAUGAUAUAAAAAGUCAAUUUUCUAAAGGACGACGCGGGACAAAUAGGCCGACACAAAUUUUGGAUCCUUUAGACUUAAUGUCGGAAACCAGGUCCGAGAGGUUUGAAGAUGGUCUGUAAGGUCAAAACUUAGCAGGUGGUUUCGAUAUAAAAUGUUAUCCAUCGAGAUUUAUGUAUGACCUUUAAAAAUUAUAGCUCAAAGAGUGCAAUUAUACUGCGGUAUUUCUUGAGGAGGAUAAGAAAUACCUACCAGAUAGCACGUGAUUAAGGAAUAUAAAUUAAAAAUGGUUUGAAAGUUUUAUACAACAUGUAAACCCCUAAUUUAAAUGUAUGCAUUUAGCCUUUUAUUCAAGUACACGUUUACUUAAUAUGCCAAAAGUAUUUUAGACUGUAAUCGUAAAAUAUUAUUAGGAUUAACUGUAUAGUUAAAAGUCAAGUUUUGUCUUAUUUAUUCAAUAAAAAAUGAAAGUAUUUAUUUGUACAAAAUAUCACCAUCUAUUGUGUCUAGUAAGUAUAUUUAUUUUAAGUCAAUUGAAGAUGUACUUAGAUAGCUAUAAUUAACCAAUACAAUCUUCAUAAUAUUAUUAGUGUUUAUGAGUGUUAAUAAUUAAAAGUCGCGGGUCUUGUUUUUUUAAUCUAGUCUAUACAUAAACAUAAUUUCAGUUACAUUUUACAUUAUUUAUGUACCCCUGCAUUGAUUUAUGUACUUACGAUUAAUAUAAUAAAUUUAUGUAAUUUUACAUGUAUAGGUAGGUAUUGUAAGUGUUAACAGCCUGCAACAUAGUUUUGUAAACUACUAUUUUUUUAUAUUGCAAUUUAAUUUCUACCAAAAAUAUUAUGUGCCAAUGUUUAAUUUUAAUUUUGUUCCUAAAAACCAAAGUUGGUCAUAAAGAAUUUAUUUAAAUGAAUUUAGCUAUAUAAGGAAUUUACGAAAAAAAUAAUUAGCAAGAAUCAUUAGAUCAAUUUAAUAAAUAAGCAAGUUUUGUAACGGUCGGGGAUUUUAUAUGCUCCAGCAGGUGGAAUUUAUUCAUUUUAAUAUCGAUUUCGGCGUAAAUAAUUUGUUUUUAUAAGCACUUGUAAUGACGACACGUGUGUGACAUCGUCGUAUAUUGAGAGCUAGUGCAUUAAAAUCGAGUUUCGUUGCAAGAGACCACCUAAUUAUGAAGUAAUUGAAAUCGUUAUGGAUCUUACAGAGAGACCUGCCAUGGCCGUGACGAAUGCUUUUUAAGGAAGUUUAUAAGUAGGUCAUAAGCCAACAAUUAUUUUUAAUGUAUCAAAUAUUUAUAUAUAACAAUUUGUACGAGAUAUAUAAGGUUUGUAAAUUAAUAUAAAUAAAAUGGUAAAUGUUGUGUA